ACCUGGCUCUCACCCAGGAGGCUCGGGUUCGAUUCCCGGUACCGGAAUCUUUUGUUUUUGACUUCUUAAUACAAUUUUAACAAUUUUUAACUUUACAUAGAUUAUUAUAUCAUCAUAUUUUAUCAACAUAGCACAUAAUAUUGAUUUAAUGGCUUUAAUCAUUGCUAUUUUAAACGUAUUUGCUGGACCUAUCAUAUAACCUCAACGUUUAUUUUUGUUCCACACUUCACCAGUCCUUUGGUCCCUAAAGCUUGAAAGCUCAUUAAAAGCUGAUUAAAAUGUCUUAUUAUAUUAACAUGUUCUUCUCUACGGAGUUGACAUGCCUUCCACGCAUCGUCGACUCGUACAUGGGCAAAUAUUACAGCAAUGCAGUGGGCAAUGCACUCACUUGGGUUUUUGUCAUGUGGAUCAUUGUCCAUUAUGUGUUUGAUUCUUAUUUAAAUAUACUAUUCAAACAAAUGAACUAUAAGCAAUUCACCCGGACUAGACUGUUAAAUGCUUUGUGGUACUGUGGAUUUUAUGGCACAGCAUUUCUCUACUCGCUUGGGACAAUUAUCAGGAAUAAUACAAGUCUUGUUGACUACCGAAAGAAUUUAAUUUUGGAUGGUGGACCUAUUCCUAUACACAUCCUAAUGGGUUUGGGUCUUGUUGGAACAUUCUUCUUUCAAUCACUUGUUUGGACUGGGAUUAAAGAUGGUUUUGAUAGGAAUUGUCUAACUUAUUUAACUCUGACUUUCUUACCAGUUAUGACAUUCUAUAGCAGAAGAACCGAAUUAUUUUUGUCAUUGCUUGCACUAAUCAGUUUAGUGCAAUUUGGAUUCAACAUAUUGAGAUGUUUGUCUUGUACUAUUGGAAAAAAGGGCAGUGGAUACUUAAAUGGUGUAUUUUUUGCAAUUUUGGGAUUAUUCAUUCUAGUCCAUGUUAUUGUGAUUCCUCUUUUCAUUAUUCUUCCGUUGAUAUAUAAUCAACGCUAUGGUCUUAAUAUUCCUGCGAUUUUUCUAUCAAUUUGUUUAGUUUUCUGGUGGCUUGCAGAAGCAUUUACAAAUCCAUUAUAUAAAUAUAUUGAACAUUGGAUCAAACACAUCGAUUUAAAAAAUGUCAGAGUAUGUCCCCGUAAUGUUCUGGAAUGCUGUCUCUUCCCAAUUCGCGACGACAUAAGUUUUAACUUAGCCGUUGAAAAAUUGGAGAUCAAACAGCGUGAGACCAAGUCAAUUCAACGCCGCAAACCAAAAGACAGAGGAGUUUUUGUCCAAACCCUAAAGUGCAUGGUGGCGAUUCGUCGUAAAUUGAAUAAACGACGUGCAUCUGAGAGUUCAUCCGACGAUUCUGACAGUGAGGAAAAGGACCCGACAACCGGAGAUGAUCCUGGAAAUGAGGCAGACAGCUCCGAGGAAGAGUCGUCCUCGGAGGAGGAGGACAACGAGGCGGAUAAGAUGAAACGUGAAUAUCAAGAAGAGACAGCUCGAGCAUUAAUGGAAGAUAUAGAAGAUAAACUAAAUGCCAAAGAAGCAACAUCAGUUGCACAAACAGAAUCAUCCGAAGAGGAGACCCGCGAACCAAACGGUUCGGCGGAGUUGGAGGAUAAGAAAAACGACUGAUAUCGAAAACUUACUCAAUUCUAGUCUCAGUAGAGUUUUUUCUCUCUAGUCGUUCAUUCAUAGUCGAAAAAUAUUUAUUUAUAAACAAAGUAGUACGAGAAUUCAGUAUAGAUCUAUAAAAUGUUGACCUAAUUAACACGUCUCUUAAAAGUUUGUACAAAUGUUGAGAUUUUUUUUGUUUUCUUGUUACUAAACAUCGAAUAUGUAUGUAUCUCGUCGCUCACUAGUCUAUGACAACAUUAUUGCAUUCUAGAUUGCCUAUGACGCGACAUAUUCAUUGCCUUCAUCUUUGAUAAUAGUAUAAAAUCAAAUAUAAACAGGAUACAUUAACAAAAUGUUAUUUACAAGAUAUUAAAGUACUUUGAGCUUCGACACAA